AUGUUCAUGCAUUUGGAGGUUUGCUUCUACAUUUUCAUCCUGCUGGCGCACAUGAGGUCCUACUGCUGUUGGUCAGUGAAUAAUUUCUUGAUGACUGGACCCAAGGCAUACCUGAUUUAUUCCAGCAGUGUGGCGGCGGGCGCCCAGAGUGGCAUCGAGGAGUGCAAGUACCAGUUUGCGUGGGACCGCUGGAAUUGCCCCGAGAGAGCGCUGCAGCUGUCCACACACAGUGGCCUGCGCAGUGCAAAUCGGGAGACAGCGUUUGUGCAUGCCAUCAGCUCUGCAGGCGUCAUGUACACGCUGACUCGCAACUGCAGUAUGGGGGAUUUCGACAAUUGUGGCUGCGAUGACAGCCGCAAUGGACAACGAGGUGGUCACGGUUGGCUGUGGGGAGGCUGCAGCGACAAUGUGGGCUUCGCCGAGGCCAUCGCUAAACAGUUUGUGGACGCUCUGGAGACGGGUCAGGAUGCCCGAGCGGCCAUGAAUCUUCACAACAACGAAGCUGGCAGAAAGGCGGUGAAGGGGACCAUGCAGAAGACAUGCAAAUGCCAUGGGGUGUCGGGGAGCUGCACCACGCAGACCUGCUGGCUGCAGCUGCCCGAAUUCAGGGAGGUGGGCAACUACCUGAAAGAGAAAUACCACAGAGCACUAAAGGUGGACCUCCUCCGCGGGGGAGGAAACAGCGCGGCCAGCCGGGGGGCGGUGGCUGAGACCUUCAGCUCCAUCUCCCGCAAGGAGCUAGUCCACUUGGAAGACUCGCCCGACUACUGCCUGGAGAACCGCACUUUGGGCUUGCCGGGCACUGAAGGCCGUGAGUGCCUGAAAAAGGGCAAGAACUUGAGCAAGUGGGAGAAACGCAGCUGCAAGAGGCUGUGUGCCGAGUGCGGCCUUGCCGUGGAGGAGCGCAAGGCUGAGACGGUGUCCAGUUGUAAUUGUAAAUUCCACUGGUGCUGCGCGGUUAAAUGUGAACAAUGCAGGAAGACUUUGACCAAGUUUUUCUGCGUCAAGCGAAGAGGCGCCAGAGGGAGGAAUGAGAGCGCUGUUGGACGACGCAAGACCCUCAAGCCUGGCAAGAAGCACUGA